UCCAACAUCAUGGAUCCCAUCUGUCUAGUGGAAAAUGAUAAAGAACAACUGAUGGUGAACCCAAAGGCAAUAAAGGUUCUUCAAAUGAUUACUGAUCCUGUGGUGGUAGUAGCUAUUGUUGGAUUGUAUCGUACAGGAAAAUCCUACCUGAUGAACCGUCUUGCAGGACAAAACCAUGGGUUCCAUCUGGGUACCACAGUGAGGUCUGAAACCAAGGGCAUCUGGAUGUGGUGUGUACCUCACCCUCAGAAGCCAAACCACACGCUGGUCCUUCUGGACACUGAGGGCCUGGGUGAUGUGGAAAAGGGUGACCCUAAGAAUGACUCCUGGAUCUUCGCCCUGGCCGUGCUUCUGAGCAGCACCUUUGUCUACAACAGCAUGAGCACCAUCAACCACCAGGCCCUGGAGCAGCUAUACUAUGUGACUGAACUAACGGAGCUAAUCAGGUCAAAAUCCACUUCAAAUUCUGAGGAAAUGGAUGACUCUGAUGAGUUUGUAAGUUUCUUUCCAGAUUUUGUUUGGGCUGUUCGGGAUUUCAUACUGGAGCUGAAGUUAGAUGAAAACCCCAUCACGGAAGAUGAGUACCUGGAGAAUGCCUUGAAGCUGAUUCCAGGCAGAAGUCGCAAAAUCCAAAAUUCCAACAUGCCUAGGGAGUGUAUCAAGAAUUUUUUUCCAAAACGAAAGUGUUUUGUCUUUGAUCGACCUACAAAAGAAAAAGAUCUCUUAGUUCAUAUUGAGGAACUGCCAGAAGACCAGCUGGAUUAUAAUUUCCAAGCACAAUCCAAAAAAUUCUGUUCCUACAUCUUCACCAAUGCAAAGCCCAAGACACUGAAAGAGGGAAUCAUUGUCACUGGGAACCGGCUGGGGGCUCUGGUGGAGACCUAUGUGAAGGCCAUCAACAGUGGGGCAGUGCCCUGCUUGGAGAAUGCUGUGACCACUCUGGCCCAGCGUGAGAAUGCAGCAGCCGUGCAGAAGGCAGCCGACCACUACAAAGAGCAGAUGGUCCAGAGAGUUCAGCUCCCCACAGACACUCUCCAGGAGCUGCUGGAUGUGCAUGCGGCCUGUGAGAAGGAGGCCAUUGCAGUCUUCAUGGAGUGGUCCUUCAAGGAUGAAAGUCGAGAAUUCCAGAAGAAGCUGGUGGGAAUCAUCGAAGAAAAAAAGGAAGCUUUCUUGUUGAAAAAUGAAGAGGCAUCUGUCAAAUACUGCCAAGCUGAACUGAAGCAGCUCUCAGAGCCCCUGAUGGAAAGCAUUGCAAAAGGAAUUUUCUCUGUUUCUGGAGGCCACAGUCUCUACGUAGAAGCAAAAAGGAAGGUCGAACAGGGCUAUCUCCAACUGCCCAGGAAAGGAGUUAAGGCAAAUGAGAUUCUCCAGAGCUUCCUACAGUCACAGGCUGCCAUAGAGAAAUCCAUCCUGCAGUCAGACAAAGCCCUCACUGAGGGAGAAAAGGCCUUAGCAGCUGAGCGGACCAUGAAGGAAGCAGCUGAGAAGGAGCAGGAGCUCUUAAGACAGAAACAGAAAAAGCAACAGCAGAUGAUGGAGGCCCAAGAGAAAAGCUACCAGGAAAACAUGGCUCAACUGAAGUGGAAGAUGGAGAGGGAAAAGGAGAACAUUCUGAGGGAGCAGAAAGGAAUGCUGGCGCACAAGCUGAAGGUCCAAAAAGAACUACUUGAGCAAGGAUUUGUAAAGAAAUCUGAGGAGAUGAAUGCAGAGAUACAGCGACUACAAAAAGAAUUUAAAACAGCUAAGGAACACAAAUCCUCUUUGGGUGCACGCAUCUUUGAUGGAAUUGGCAAUGUGUUACUUUCAGAACUGCCGGGUGUCACUAAGCUAUUUGGUGCAGGGUUGAAAAUUAUUAGUGAAAAAAUGAAAAAGGCUCAGAAUUUCCCUUAGCAAACUAUAAGUAGGCUUCUUCUGUUUUUCUGAGGCUCAGUUUUAAAAACUGUCAUUUUUAGUUUCAGUUUAUAAAGUUAAAAAUAAAAGAUAUGUAUCAGAGCCUACUGCAUACAAGACAAACUUAAUAUUUAAUAUUUGAUUGGACUAAUUUAAAUAAUGAGUGGAUUUGACAAUAUAAUAAAAGACUAAAUUUGUAAUAUCAACAAAUACCACACAAUACAAUGAUUUGGAAGUCAAUAAAACUCAUUUUAAGACAUUUUCAGUUACUGCACAUAACAAUUUUUUGAAUGUACAGAAAUAAAAAUGUUGAUUCUUCUUGUAUCAAUAUUUACUACAUCAAAUGUAAUUCAAAUAAAUAUACCAAAUAUUUUCUUUGGAAGUAGAUUUAUACUGUCUAUAUGGCAAAAGUCCCAAGCAAUAUGGACGAUGAAAAUCUGAACUAAAACAGAAGGGAGAGACAGCACAGGCUGGUAAACGGUCCAACAUAUAGCAUAGUGGUGCUAGCCCCUGGAUAUUGAAGUGGCAAUAAAGUAAACUUGGAAGUCU